CAACUAGGGAUUAACGAAAUUUCCAAAAAUGAAUCGGCCACAGCUCUACUCAAAAUACAGUGAUUUACAAAAAACAGACAACACGUACGUUUUAGAAAAAUUUUUGGACACAUCCCGAUUUAAAGAUGAAGAUAGAAUAUUAGAUGUGGGGUGCGGAGAUGGAAAUUUUUCCGUGGAAUGUUUGAUUCCUAAGUUGCCGCAAAAUUUUAAAAAUUUCGUCGCAUGUGAUGUUUCGGAAAAAAUGUUAGAUUUUGCUAGAACGAAGUAUUUUUUGCCGAAAAUCAAGUUUGUUGCUCUAGAUAUUGGUGCCGAAGAGAUUCCGGAGGAGUUUGAAAAUUCCUUUAAUCAUAUUUACUCGUUUUAUACUAUGCACUGGGUGAGAAGACAAAGAAAAGCUUUCAAGAACAUUUACAAAAUGCUUGCUCCCGGAGGAGAUAUACUAUUUACAUUUUUAGCUAAUUCUUCGUUAUACGAUAUUUACCAAAACAUGUCGAAACAUGAAAGAUGGAGUCAACAUUCAGUAAAAGAAUAUAUUUCCCCAUAUCAUAAUUUGAAACACCCCGAGAAACGUCUAGAAAAACUAUUACAAGACAUUGGAUUUGAAGUUAAGGUGUGCAAAUUAGUCACCAGGUCCUUCCUUUUUCCAAGUAUGGAGAUUUUUAAAAAUACAAUAACAGCAGUGAAUCCGAUUGUUCAAAAACUACAUCCAGAUGAAGUUGAAGAGUACAACGCCGGUUUCCUCAAUGAAAUGAAAGGUAUGAAAAGCGUAAUCAUAGAAAACGUAAAUAAUAAUGGCGAGAAGACCAUUCGAGAAAUACAUCAAAUAUUCAUCUUAGUUGCUACAAAACCUCAAAAUAAGAAGUCCGACACAUCAAAAUUGGAAUAGAAAAUGUAGUAAUUAUACAGUACCUGCUUUAAAAUUAAUAUAUUUUAUUUAAAUAAAUGGAAUAACUUCUGUUUAUUUCUCUUAGGUAUACAUACGGUCGAAUAAGAAAUCAGACUGACAUGAGUUCUUAUUCUAUCGAUUUACGUGAUAAUUAAAUUGAAAAAUUAAAUUAUUAAAGAUUAGUGCCACAGAAGAAUAUCCUGUGUUAGUGCUAAUAUGACGCCCAGUGUAACUCUACUGUGCACCGGUUAUGCCGUGUUUCAAAAUAUGUAGAAAACAGUCAAGUAAAAAUGAAUUUGAAUUCUGAUUAUUAUAAUCUUACGAAAAUAACUAAAUUUCGAAUCAUAAAGAUAUGGCCUGAGCACAGUAAGAACCCCGGUAUCCAAAAUGAAAAUGAGCCUUAUUUGUUCGUCUUAUGUUUAAGUAAUAUAAUGUAGCAAAAUGUUUAUAGCAAAAUAUAGUAUUGUGUAGCUUAUGGUUAUUAUACAUUUAAAUAAUCUGAAAAAUCUUGUGUUCGGCUCGUAUUUUAAGCUUCAUACUAAUGAAUAAUAAAUAGUCUUUCAUCACGG